GAGGGAGAAGAGAAAGCCUGGAUCCCUAAGCACACCAGCCAGGGGCUGAAAACGAUGAUCUUUGAUUGAGACAAAUUCAGUGGGAGUCACAGACUGUCCCUCUGCACCUCACCUCUAAAGCUGGGCCUAGACCCAGGCGUCCUAGUCCUGGGGCAUGGAGAGGAAAGGCUCUGGGUUAGGGGGUGGAGCAUGGGGAGCUCACAGCAUAGCUGGAAUGAGUCAGGAUGCUGGAAUGCACCCACAAGCUCCGAUGCCAAGAGAAAGACAAACCGAUCCUCCUCGAGGAUGACUGGGAAGUGGGGAAGGGGCUUCCUUGGAGACCUCAGGGAACCUCUUGGUUAAGGGGGUGGGGGCAAGCCAUUCCAUCUUCCCUGUCAGGGGACAGUGACCUUGUCUUUGAGUCAAGGUUCGGAUCUAAAGAGCACCCUGAAGAAUUGGGUCCCUCAGCUCUGUUUACAAAGAGAGAGGAACCCCAGCAUCAGACCAGGCCCCCCCCCCUACCCUUACGUCACCUGAUUCCAGGAAGGGCCCCCACACAUAACACACCCUGCGGUGGGUGAGUCAUUGGGGAGCGUGAGAGCCAGCCACUCAACUGGCAGGUGAAACUUAAAGACCACAGGCUCACGGGACCUAGGGAGACUUGGGGAGGUCCCCGCUCCUGGGAAGGCCCCUCCUGGCCAACCCCUUUUCCCCAGAGAAGCUUCCCAUAAGCUCCCAGCUCUCCAGCCUAACCCAAGUCUCCGUUCUGUUGGAGGAAAAGUCUUCAUUUGGGAAAAUGAAGAUUUUUGUUAUUUGAAAAGUGUUCAGGUCAGAGACAGAUCCCAGCCCAGGCUUAGAAUCAGACAGUUCCCCACCUGAGAGGCCGUCUCUCCAAAAAACUCCCUCAAAAAGGUGGAGCUUAUCCCGAGAACUCUGGGCUCCAGUCCUGACACUGCCCAGAUCCCUGUCCUCUGGCCCUCAGUUUCCUUUUCUGGGAAAGUUAGCACUGCCUCCCAGCUUUCUCUCCUGGCUGGGGUUAGAUAAUAAGCUGACUGGGGGCUCUCUCUCUCCCGCUGGGCCUGGGGUUUGACUUUCAGGACUUGGUAUCUCAGUCUUUUGGUUCUGGCUCUAUCACCCUAAUCCGGUUUCCCGUUUCUGACCUUGAACUCGCCCCUCAGAUAAAAGGAGGGAGUUUGGCCCUUUCUGGGUCUCAGUUUCCCCUCCUGGGGAAACAAAAAACAAAAAAAGAGGGGGUUAGACUGGAAGACAAGCGAAUUCCCUUCAGUCCCAUGGAUUACCAGGCAGUAACUGGGAGGGACCUGUUAGGGCCAGCCUUUCGCCCAGACUAAGGUGCUGGGCCUCCCCCGCCCCGCCCGGGGCGCUCAGUCCGGGAAUCGCCCCUCCCCCGAGCCCUCCCUCGUCCCCGCCCUUUCCCGGUCCCCCGCCUCCCUCUCCCCCAGUUCUCUCUAGCUCCUGGAGCUCCCCUGAUGGUGGGUUCUGGGCGGCACCGGGAGGCCCCGCCCCCAAACCCGUCCCUUCAAGAAGAGCGCGCUGGCCACCCUCCCCACAGUCCUGGAUACGCGCACGACCAAAGCACCUCCGGAUGGACGCGAGCGCCGCCGCAGGCGGGAAGCCCAAGUCCGCGGGCAUGGAUCUGUGCACCCUCUACGAGAGGCUCCUGUCCCUGAGUCCGGACCUGGCACGGGCGGCCCGCGGGGAGCUGGAGCCCGAGCUGGGCUGGGGCUCCCGAAGCCCCUGGAGUCCCAGCCUCGCGGACCUGGAGUCGCCGUCCCCCCCGCGGGCCUCGGCUCCCUUGGCCCCUCGGCUCCCCGGCCGUUCUACCAGCCUGGUGGAGAGUCGCGCCUGGGUCCCCCCGCCGCCGGGCUUUGAGCCCCUGCCGCCCAGGGCCGCGCCGGCCGCCACCGCCGCGCCCUCGGAAGGCGCGCCCGGCUCCGGCUCCCCGGCCGGGGCGGCUUCCUCGUCCAGAUACAAGACGGAGCUGUGCCGGACCUUCUCGGAGAGCGGCAAAUGCCGCUACGGCUCCAAGUGCCAGUUCGCCCACGGGCUCGAAGAGCUGCGGCCGGCCAGCCGCCACCCCAAGUACAAGACGGAGCUGUGCCGCAAGUUCUUGCUCCUGGGCGCUUGUCCAUAUGGGACCCGCUGCCAUUUCAUCCACACCCCUUACGACGUCCUGUCGGCGGGGUCGGCUCACCCUCCCCUGCUCCGGCAGAGUCUCAGCUUCUCCGGGAUGCCCUCCGCCCGGCGCCGGGGCUCCCCCACCCUGAGCCCUCCAGGGCUGCCGGACCUGCCUUCCCCCUUGGGCUUCUUCUCCCCUCCUUCUUCUCCGCCCCCACUGGUCACCACCCCCGGGGAGGUCCCUUUCUCCCCCUCUGCCUUCUCGGCCGCCCCCGGCCCAGUGCCCCGGGGAGCCACGGCGGGAGAAACCUGCUGCCCCUCCUGCCGCCAGACCACGGGCGCCUGGGGGCCCACAAGGGAUGCCCUGGGGCUGGGCCUGGGGCUGGGGCUGGCCCGGAGCCCUUCUGCUCACUCCCUGGGCUCUGAGCCCGACGACCAGGCCAGCAGUGGGGGAAGCAGCUUGGGGGGAUCGGAUUCCCCAGUGUUUGAGGUGGCAGUGGGGGGCGCCUUCGCCCCCUCUAGCUCUCAGCUCCUGACCCCGGUGCCCCCCCGGCGGCUCCCCAUCUUCAAUCGGCUGUCCGUGUCCGACUGAACACCCCUGUGCCUCCAAACUUAGUAGAGAUGGGCUUCAGGAAUCUCCUCCCCCCUUGCCGGUUGUGCCCAGAUGUGGAGGUCUCUCACCUGCUUAGCCCCCAGAGCAUUAACCCAAUGUCUAGACUCCCCGGGGCAGGUCCCCAUGGGGAGCAAAAACCCUCACAAAGGUGUUCUGGGGGGGUGGUUUUUCUUUUUUUUUUUUAAUGUAGCAUACUGAAACGACCUAUAUAUGUACAGCGUGUCCCAAAAGUCUUAAUGCAGUUGUAAAGCAUUAUUAGGUUAAGAUUGUAGUCUUUGAGACACCCUGUUAUGGGGGGGGGGGUGGUCGGGAUAAAAUUCUCCCCCCCUUUUCUUCAUGCUGUGAACAGGCUUCCCCAAGUCUCCCCUGGAUGGGGUUCUCCCCAAUCCUGGUGCUCAAACCCCACCUAACCAGACCAAAUCCAAGUUUCCCAGCCUCACCUCGGAGCCCCUUUAUUUAUGGUGACGACGUUAUUUAUUCCGAUGGGUUUUAUAGUAUUUAUAUAUGCAGUCGUCCCUUCUCCCUUUUUAAUAUUGGGAGAUUGCUGCCACUAUAAUAUAUAUUUGAAAUAUAUUAUAAAUAAAUAUAUAUAUAUAUAUAUUGUUAGCUAAACAAAAAAGAAAUCUCUAUUUUUGUUUUUGGUGGAGUUUUUUUUUUUAAUUAAAACUAAUACAAUACACAAAAGAGGAA